UCUUCCUAGGCCAAUGUGACAACAGAUCAACAUACUCGAGCGACUUUUCUCACGCUCAUUCUUGUUUUUACAAGAACCAAUCAGAGGACUCAAGGAAGUGCUGUACAGGUUGUACGGCUGCAUCACAUUUUUCAAGGACUUGUUGGCAUAGGUAGACUAGAGGACCACCUCUACUGCACGACAUUUACGUAUCUACAAAAACAACACUUUUUUAUAAGAACAACACCUAUGAUCUGAUCAUUAGGUACAGUCAUAAUAUACCUCUAGAUAGGUUUUCAUCAAGGCGCUUAUCCCAACAUGGCACCGCAAGAUGAUCCUAUGUUGAUGCUGCAGCAGCAGCAGCAGCAGUAUGAUCCGAUGCAAGCACAGCCGCAGCAGCAGCAGCAGUGCGAUCCAAUGCAGGCACAGCAGCAGCAGUAUGAUCCGAUGCAAGCACAGCCGCAGCAGUAUAUGGCGGCAACUGCUCCUACAAUGAUGCAGCAACAGCAGCAGGUGUAUAUCCAGCAGGAACCGCUGAUGCUGGCAGUGGACGAGGCCGAUGUGAAGCUGAGAAGCCGGCGAUUUUUAGACUGGACUGCGCGUUUGGAGAUGAUUCUCUAUUGGCUUUUCUUCACAGAGCUACUGGCGAUUAUCAUUUCUAAUGCAUCUUUUAAGGCCGAGGAAGUUUUUGUUAAUGCAACAUCUUCGGAACGGCGCGAUGAAAAACUUCGUGAGUGGCUCGGUGCGGGACUUGCUUCGUAUCUGAAUCUCCGAGCCGGAGGUGCUCUCCGCAUUGCUUUUGCGAUGACGCUGCUGAAGUUGCUUGCUAUGGCGGGCUUCUUGGUGAUGAUGCUGAUCUUUCGCUGCUCUCGCUGCGUCACUGAUCUUCACUGGGGUGAAUUCCGCAAGGGAUGCGGAACCCGGAUCAUGAUCUCUGUUCUCGGAUCGUUAGCGGGCAUCGUGCUUCUGGCGUUCAUCAUUACCCUCUCCGUGUACGUCCGCGAAUGCUCGAUAGGGCUCGUAUUUCCUUGGGCUUUUGGUUGGCGCGCGAUCAUGUGGAACUCGUUCGGCGUCCUCUUCGUUCUCUUCGGGCUCAUCCGAAUGCUGAUUUCUUACUGCAGACUCGCUCCGAAACAGGAGGACGCCUUGCUGGUCUAACGGGGUUCUAUUAAAAUGGGCAGCUUAUAAGUUGUCACGUGGUUCGUCUAUCCACGAAUGCCGAGUAACAACAAAAAACGUCACGCGGUUCGUCUAUGAAUGAAUGAACGAAUCAAUGAAUGUCACUGGCUACGUGCAAAAUUUCAGUUUUUUUUUUUUUAACAUCGACCAGUCUGAAGAAUCCUUGUAUUCAAGCAGCAUCAUUUUAUCAGCCUCUUUGGUUCAUACGGUUGUCGAGAAAGGUCUUAGGCUCUUCACAAAGUCUAGGUUGCAAACGGAAGUAGUAGAGUAGUGGUCUUCUUCUAUACCCUUGGAGUGGGUACAUUCAUUCACUCACUCUCAGCAACUUGGUAGUCGUGCUUGGUAAGUAGUCGUCAUCAAUGUUAACGUGAAGUCUAGUAUUUAGCUCGCCAUUGGGAACGGCAUAUCAGGGUCAGUUCCUACGGUCAUCCAGAAAGACGGCAACGACAUCAGGCAUGCACGCAUGACAUUCAAAUGCUAUAAGAAUCACAUAAGUAUGUGCUUUGAUUUGUGUGCACAUCAAGAAGAAAGACGUUAGGUUAAUUUCUUCAACCAUCCAACAGAUAAUGCACACAGGAGAUGACUAUCUAUCGCGCAUGAGCGCGCAAAACCUUGUAUACACUUCUACAUGCAGAUGAUACGGCGAAGAUGUAGCUGCAAAUCCAUGAUGUAACAUUAUACAUUAUGAAAAAUGUUGUCGUAUGAUAUUUAUGAACCACAUAGCCUCAAGGAAUGCAUUGUCUCGCACAAAUGUGAGUGUACAAACACUUAGCUACGUCACUGCCGACAUGGGAGAUGAGGAUUCAGAUUCAAAUCUGGCAGAUGUUUCCUUCGAUGACUG